AUGUCUCCUUUUCACUUUGCAAUUGGUAUGGAGUAUUUAUCUAGAUCAUUGGGGAGUCUCAAGCAAAUUCCUAACUUCAAUUUCCAUCCUAGAUGUGAAAGGCUUGGAAGUACUCACCUUAUGUUUGCUGAUGAUCUUCUUAUGUUUGCUACAGCUGACUCAAGUUCAGUGCACUUGCACUUUGAUGCCUUCAAUAAAUUCUCCAGUACUUUAGGGCUUGAAGGUAACCUGGAUAAGAGUAAUGUGUACAUAACUGGUGUUAAUGAUGAUGACAAAGCCUCUCUGCAGCAGAUUAUGAAUAUACCCUUUGGUACCUUUGCAUUUAGGUAUCUUGGAGUUCCCUUUACCACUGGUAAGCUCUAUUAUGCUGAAUUUAAGACACUCAUUGACAAAGCAGUUAGCAAGAUCCAAUCAUGGGUUGUAAAGAAGUUGGGCUAUGCUGCCAGGCUGCAACUUAUACAAUCAAUGCUGCAUGGAUUCCAACUUUAUUGGUGUCAGAUCUUUGUUCUUCCAAAGAAGGUGAUCAAAGAGGUUCAAAGUCUUUGUAGAAGCUUUAUGUGGACUUCUCUUGACACUAAUUCUAAAAAGGCUCCUGUGGCGUAG